AUGACUCCUCCAGGUAAUGGAACCUCUACUAUGCUGGAAGGCUCGAUAUUCCUGAGACUCUACUGGAGGCUACGAGACAGUAGCUUUCUUACGUGGGGAAGGGGAUCCGCAGACUCGCAGACGGACACUUCAAACCAGAUCCACCAAAUCUCAAAACACCCAGAAUCCAAUGUUAUCCUGGGGGCUACAACAGCCAGCAAGAGGGAUUCAGCCAGUCCAGCUCCCAAACUUCCACUGUCAACUGCCAAGCUUCGCUCGAACUCGGGCAGCCCCAUAACUCAUCGCACAGUCCCACAGAACUCUACUCUUGUUGUUCGAUAUCCUAGCCAAAAAGGCUCCUCGUUCACUCCAAGAAGGCCAAACAACGCAUCCCCAGAGAAGAGUGCAUUUGCAUUAAAAAUAGAAGAAAUCGUCAAGAGAGAACAACUUGCAGCUUCGCUCAAAAGUUCCAAAGAAGCUGACAAACAGGCCCCUACAAAACAUCGCAGUACCCCAUUGGCAUUGCACAACGGCCCAAGAGUGAAACCUGGUCCACGAGUUUCCGAGAAAUUCCUUGGUGAUGUUCUAAAUCAACCAGUACCAGCUCCAAAUGUGUCAAAUAUAUCUCGGCCCCGUCAGGAGGUGAUCUCAUCGAGAAACGAGAGUGAACCACUUUAUAAGAGGCCACCUCCCCAAGACUCUAUGAUAAGUGUACCAGAUCCUAAGCGUUUCAAGCCGACAGAGAUGGCUGUAUCGACAGUUGGUAAAAACAAAAUUGCAAUGUCUAACAUGGCCCUUAGAAUUUACCCAUCUCAAUCCCCCGAAACUUCAGAAGACGACGAACCUGGUACGCAUUCCCGUCCUGUUGGUUUGGACGAGUCUACUAAUAGUAGCCCAGGUUCUGAUGGAAGUGGAAAUCCUUCUAAUACCGUUUCCACAGAAAUAGAUCACCCCACAGGUGUUACAGGGAGUACUGAGUUGGCAUCAACUCCAAAGCCAAAGGCCAGAAAGUAUGUGGUUCCGAACAUUGACACCUUCUAUCCAUCUGUUACAUCAGGAGUUCAAUCAAACCAUAUGGCAAAACUGCAUAACGAAGAAACGGUUGUGAGCGAGACGGUGACGAUCAUGAAAGACUUCGUAAGCGAACCCGUUGAGUAUGAUGAAGAACCUAUAUCCAAGGUAUCGAAGAAACGAGCUUCCAAAAAAUACCGCUGGGUAUCUGAGGCCAAGCAGUUCAGCAGCAUGUCAAGUUCAAAGAAGGAAACUCCCGUGAAAUCUAAAGUACUAGAGAUCUCUCCGUCAAAAGAAGUGGAAAUGCGUGGUACCCCUGGCAGAAAAGUACAGUCGCUUGAAAGACAGGAGGUUUCAUUCGAUAAGAGUCUUGGAGAAAGUACGAAGCAACCAACACCUUCUAAGGGGUCCAUCAAACCCAAAGAUGUGCCUACAAUCCCAGGCAGAUUGACUCGAUCGAAAACCCAACAAGCAAUUAUUCAAGAGAGUAAUCCUGUUUUUAACCUGAGUGAGGAUCCCGUGGAAGACACAGUCAAACCGCCGAAAUUUAUUGAAGCGGUAGAAAUAGCCAGUAGAAUGGAUAUUCGCUCUAUCAUGAAUGAUAAUAUUGCUGUUCGAAAUACUACAAUUCUGGAAACCGAAGACAACGUCACACAAACCACACAGCCAAUGGAGAGGGAAAGUGUGCAGAAUGGUGGGGAUGGCGAAUCAACAGAGGUUAGAACCACAAAGAACCUUUCUAGGAAGAGGAAGAGCAACAAAAAACGCAAAAAUGGGGAGAAUAGAAAAAGUGGGAGAUUGAAAAGAUCUAGACGGACAAUAGACCAGAAGCCUUCAGUGGUGGAUCCUGCGGCUGAAUCCGAGGUUCCCCAAGUUCUGGAAAACAAGGGUAAGGAUAAGUUUGGCAUUGACCCGAAGGAUUACGAUAUAUCGGAUACUCUGACUGUCCCAUCAGUCCACUCGUCCCCCGUAAGUACUCCUUCCAAGGCAAGAAAGCGGUGA